GGAGCGGGAUGGGGGUGAGGAGUGGGCCGUCCUGCUCGCGCUCUUUCACACAGCGCACGCUUCUCGCUCACACACUCUUCGCACGGCCGCUGCCCGCUGCGCUUCUCACCAAGCAACACGGCAGAUCCCGGGGAGCGGAGCGCAGGGAGACGGGGCUACGCCGAGGGACCGAGGAACUGAGAUGAACUCAGAGGAUCUGCAACAAAGGACAACGAGACAACAGCAUCCGUUCAACUGACAGCUAAAAGCGUGCGUGUGUGCGUGCUUGUGCGUGUUCUGAUCACAUAGUAACUUGUGCUGCGGUUUCUACCCGACAGCCUUCGCAGUGUGUGUCGCUGGGUGAGUGCGUGCGUCUGCGUGCCCAAGCAUGGCGAGAGCGUGUGUGCUGUGGUCGGUUUGGGUGUGUUUGUUCCUCCUCCCCGGUGCUAUUUCUCAGACCCCUGCGGAAACUGACAGCUACACGGAAUGCACAGAUGGGUAUCAGUGGGACUUGCAGACCCAGCACUGUAAAGACAUCAAUGAGUGUGAGACCAUUCCGGAUGCAUGCAAGGGGGAGAUGAAGUGCUUCAACCACUAUGGCGGAUACCUGUGCCUCCCACGCUCCGCCUCUGUUAUCACCGCCCCUGACGCGCCCAACCUGUCGGAGCCCGACCAAUCGGAGGCCAGCGAAUCAGAGACUCGCCAAUCGGAGGACCGCCUACCUGAACUCGCCCAGGCCCAGCCGAGCCAAUCGCCGCAGAGCCUGUCUGCGGGGUCCGGCGAAGCCUUCGGUUCCUGUCCUGUGGGCUACGUAGUGAGGGGGGAGUACUGUGCAGACGUGGACGAGUGUGAGAUGGGCGCGCACAGCUGCCUACCAAGCCAGGAGUGUGUGAACACUCAGGGCUCCUUCAGCUGCCAGUGCCCCGACGGCUACAGCAAGAUCGGCCUCGAGUGUGUCGACAUCGAUGAGUGCCAGUACAGGUACUGCCAGCAUCGCUGUGUCAACGUGCCCGGCUCCUUUUCCUGCAAGUGUGAGGCCGGGUUCCAGGUGGCCGAGAACAACCGCUCCUGUGUGGAUGUAAAUGAGUGUGAGAUGGGCGCCCCGUGCCAGCAGAGGUGCUACAACACAUAUGGCUCCUUCAUGUGCCGCUGUGAGCAGGGCUACGAGCUUGGGUCCGACGGUGUUUCCUGCAACGACCUGGACGAGUGCAGCUACUCCAGUUAUCUGUGUCAGUACCGCUGUAUGAACGAGCCCGGAAAGUUCUCCUGCGUCUGCCCCGAGGGCUACAAGCUGCUGGGGACGCGCCUCUGCCAAGAUGUGAACGAGUGUGAGACGGGUGUGCCUCCCUGUGCCGACGGUCAGACCUGUGUGAACAUCCAUGGGGGGCACCGCUGUGUGGAGAGCAACCGCUGCCAGGAGCCCUAUGUGCAGGUGUCCGACAACCGCUGCGUGUGCCCCAUGGUGAAACCCGGCUGCCGUGAACUCCCCUUUUCCAUCGUGCACCGCUAUAUGAGCGUGACGUCCGAGCGCUCUGUGCCCUCGGACAUCUUCCAGAUCCAGGCGACCAGCGUCUACCCCGGGGCCUACAACACCUUCCGCAUCCGCUCCGGGGACGACAGCGGGAAUUUCUACAUCCGGCAAAUCAACAACAUCGGUGCCAUGCUGGUUCUGGCUCGGUCGGUCUCGGGGCCCGCGGAGUACGUCCUGGACCUGGAGAUGGUGUCCGUGAACCCCCUCAUGAGCUACCAAACGAGCUCGGUGCUGCGCCUGACGGUCCACGUGGGGCCGUUUGCCUUCUGAGGAGCGAGACGCGGGAGGGAGGACGAAGAAAGGCAGAAAAAGAGGGGGAAGGAAGGAGCAAGGUUGCAUGGAGCUACAGGGGGAUUCAAGGACAGCUUGAAUAACUUGAUAACUUCUGUUUUUGCACCAACACGUGAUGACAAAUUUCAGUGGCUGACAGGGAGCGGGGGAGGGGGUGGGUGAAGCACCGUACCUUCAGGAGAUACAGCGGGGUGAGGAGGACACACACACACUAAUCCAGUGGCUAAUCUAAUGGCAAAAUGUCUCCUGAUCCACACCAUCCCCAGGUCUCUCUGGCUUAUUCCACCGGUGCCACACAAUCUGGGCCCCAUCUCUGCUCGUAACAUUCCAUCGUCGGUACCUUCGCAGAGACACACACACACACACACACACACACACACUACACGUUCAGCCGCUGACACUAACAGUCACUGUGAAAUGCAUCGGCCACUCCGUUUUACACUGUUUUACUCCUGCU